AACAAUAGAAUAAUCCUCCGUGGAUAGGUCCAUUGUUUUGAUUUACCAAUUUGCGAUAAAAAAUUAUUGGUUGCUCUUCGUCAUGAAGGGCAUUAGACCGUACGUUUUCUAUGUUCUUGAAUCGGUCUUGCGCCGUUGAUGAAAAGAAAAAACACUCCUUUAUCUUAAUGAUCAAAGUCCGACGUAACAUUUAUAUAUUUUAGGGACUGCAUCUCGCUGUGAUCUCAGAUUCUGGCUUCGUUCAUUUAAUUUUGAGGUCUUGUUUACGGAGCAAAGCAAAUGAUAUCUGUCAGGAGCAACUUCAAAUGAUCAUCAAAUUCUCACUCGAUUAUUGAUUUCAGUUACUUUGUAAAUCUUUAAGAACACAAUCAGAAAUGAAUCUACAGAGUAAAUCGACCAUGCUGAUAUUAGUAUGGUGUCUGUUCAUUUUCACAUCUCUCGCCCCCAAUGUAUCGUGCCUCACCGAUGAGGAAAUCAACGAAUUCGGAGCAAGAACCCACAUCGACCCGAACACCGAUCUUCAAGGAUUCAUCACUAUCGCCGAACACGACGACGACACCCUUGUGGUGACAUCGAACGGAAUACCCGACCACACCGCCGGACCCUUCGCUCUCCCUCCCGAUGUCGACGACAUCCUCGAGCAGGACUUCGAGUUCUACAUUCCGAAGAAUCCGACGUCGUCAAAUGCGAAGUAUGAGUUGCCGAUGGGGCCGGUCGGGUUGGCGCUCAAUGGCGUCGCCCUCUUCAACCCCUAUUCCAACGAGGGAACCGACGCCGUGAUCACUGAGGAGCCGACGUUCGAUGACUGUGACGGCCACCCAACACCCAACGGGAUCUACCAUUACCACAGUAGUCCGUUCUGCGUGUUCAGUGACCAGGACGGUGUGCCAUCGACCAUCAUUGGGGUGGCUUUGGACGGGUUUCCCAUCUACGGCCCGAAUGACGAGAACGGCAACGAACUGUAUUCUGCGGAUCUUGAUGCGUGUCACGGUCGUUACGUCGACGGUAACUACCGUUACCAUAUCACAGAGGACUUUCCGUACAUCUUGGGCUGUUUCCAUGGCGAGGUCGACAGUAGAAAUCUGAGACCAGGCCAAAACCUAGCAACAGUAGACCCUGGUGUAACCAUGACAACGAGUAAAGCGAGCGAUAUUGUUCAUGGGAGUGUCACCAUAGUAACAAUGUUGUUUUCACUACUCCUUGUUUUGUUUUAGACACUCAGUUCUUGUCAAUUCCAGAUUAGACAUGAAUUAUGAUUUUUGUAGCAAUUGUUUACUCUCAAUCUCUAAUAUUUAUUUUUAUGAUUAAGUGCAUGCAUUCUUGUCAAUAAUAAAUUGCUAUAUUCACGUAAGGUUUACUUUUCAUGUUGCAUUUCAGGCAUGCAUGAGUCCGUUUGUGCGGUUCGAAAUUUAUAUCUCUGCCAAUUAGGCUCUCCGGGGUGAUCCGGGGGUGGAUGUCCAGGUGGUAGAUUCCUGAUAUCCCCAAUAGCAAGUUGAUAAAUAUAGAGAAAUCAAACAUGUAUAAGGCUGAACAUGAUGAAUAUUUCAUCAAAAUCGGAAGUUAACACUUGUAUAAGUUUUUCCUUAUUUUCACAAAACGUGCAUGCAUAGCACAGGCAGUUUGCAAAUUAGUGAAGUGGUGACGAUACACACUCAGUAUUUGCAGGAAAGGUAAUAAUUGAUAUAUCCAGAUAUUUAAAUUUUCUCCUAUUAUAAUAAUGCACAGCAUGCAUGGUCUAAUUCCACUUUGAGUCUGUAAAGUUAUUGUUAUUAUAUAGAUCGAGAGCUUCUUUAAAAUGUAAAAAAAAAAGAUCCAUAACCAAAUUAGAUAAACCCAUUUGAUAUUACAUUAUAAUUGGGAUCCCUGUUACAACAAUUGAAACAAUAAAUGUAUGGUAUUAUCAACUCUCAUCGCUUGUUCUGUGUAUAUACAUGCGUAUAUCUGUUCUGUGAAAUUCAGCGAAAUUUUGGUGUACCAUCACCUCCUGAUUAUACAUCCGACUUUGAAGACUUUGUCAGUUGAGUUGUGCUUGUUUGAUUUUCUCUUGAUUAUUUUUCGGAUUGACUUCACCCAAAAUUGACUACAAUAAUCCUUUUUAAUUUGUAAACAAAUAUUCGGCAUGACUCCUGUAUGUUUAAGAUCGCAUGCUCGAUCUGUAAGGAAACAAUAAUCCUAAGCAAGUAAUUUAGAUCGGGGUCUAUUGGGUUCAGAUGAUAGAUCGAUAGAUAGAUAAAAUGGUUUAUUAAAAGAUCAUCGCAGCCAAAGUCCGAGUUGUGAUCAAUUUUACAAACAUGCCAGUUGCAUAAAGUUCUCAUACAAAGUAUCGUAACAUUUUCUGAAAUGAUACACAAACCUAUAAUAUGUAAACUAUGUGAUCUUAAAAGAGUGUCAGUGGAGAACUGAAAAGAAUAAUGCAGUGGUAGGUGAGCGAAAAGAAAGAAGGAAACUAGACGAAUAAAAAUGGAAGUCGUGAAGGUGUUAAGGAUAUAAAUGUAGAGAAUGGAAAAGAGAGGAGAGAAAGAGAGGAGAAACCAGAAGGAGAAAAAAAGAACAUAUCACGUUCAUCACAUCUUGACAUGUACACACCAUAUCCUAUCACUUAGAGAUGGUAGCUGGUAAAAUGCAGUGAGAUUUAAAAACAAUAAGACCGUCCCAUAUAUUUACAUAGUAAAAUAGUAAAAUAAUGAUAGCAAACGAUGUAAUUGAACUGGGAAUCGUCAAUUAACAUACAAAGUAAAACAAAGUAAGAUUGAUUACAUAUUAUUUAAAACGUUAACAAAGUAUAUAAUGGAAGAGAACUACGUUGGAAACGUUUAGUUAGGCAUUUAUAUCGUUGAUAUUUUAAUUGUGAUCUUAAAACAUUAUUACAUUGCCGUCUGAGAGGUAAACUAUUUGUAAAUUGUGGAUGCUUGGCAAGAGAACGGGCAAAGUCAAUACAUAACUGUUUUCGUCUUUCCUCUAACGAAGAAAUAUAGCACGUUUCCAAUGCGUUAGCACAGUCUUCAUGCUGACAUCCAAGUAUAUUAAAUCUUACAAGCACGUUUCUGAAUAUCUUCUAAGGCAAGUACGUGCAUGGCUUUUGGAUAAGUUACCAUUAUAAACCGGUACUCCGUAACCUAAAAUUGGGCGAAUGUAUCCUUUAUGUAUUAGAAUAAGGUCAUCUAAGGGGAGUCUAUACUUUUUAAGGCAACGAAGCAUGUACACUUUUCUAUUACAUCUUUUUAUAAGAUCUGAUACCUGGCUAUCCCAAUUAAGGUUAGAUUGUAUAAGAACACCUAGUAUUUUUGAUUCAUGAACAAAUCUUAAUUUAUUAUUUCCAAUGAAAAAUUGACUUUCUUCAACAUCAUUUUGCAUAAAUGUGAUAACC